AUGGUCUUGCAUGGCGACAUGUGUUUGCAGUACAAACACAUCUGCGAGCUGUUGUUCAGUGUUCAGAUUGUCUUGGCUCUGGAGACAGUAAGACUCCUGAAUCCCCCUAAAGAGCCUGUUCUGGAUUACCCUCUGGAGGUUUUAUAUUCUUGUGAUGUACCCGCUAUCAUAGAACUGGACUGUACAGUGACUUUCGACAUUGGUGACAGUUCCAUGUUCCUGCUGAAGCGGUGGCAUUGCAUCCCAGAAAAACCCCGAAAAAGGAUUUUAAAGUUGAGUCUCCCAGAUUGGUUGGUUUACAGACCGGAUGGGAUUGUCUCGGAGUCUCGGUGGGUGUUGAUCUGCAUCCUGAGAGCAUCCCUCAGGAACCAGAAAGUCGACAGCGGAAGGUUGUUGCUCGCAAAACAACACGUUGCAACUUUACAGCCUCGGUCCAUCUACAGUCGGCCUGUCAAACAGCAUCGACUCUGCUUUGCUUGGAGUGCCAGAAUGCUGUCAUUUGUUCGAAACCUUCCAAGGAAACAAUGCCCCGUGGAGCAAGAAACAGUACCUUUGCUGUCUUCAAUAUUUGCCUCUACGGGAGAAAAUUUUGGCAUCAUCAAGAAUCUUGAGCCCUACACCAGCGAUAUUCUGGAGUACCUGCGCGGUCGAUCCCUCACUUUCCCUUGGUCCACGUUCUCCGUCUGGAUAUUGGUAACACGACACUGCCGGGAAAGUUUGUGCGGAGUAUUUCACCACAUUGACUCCCAGAACAACUUUGCCACACCUGUUCUUCUCCUUACUCAGUCAGGCCAACUGCAUGUCCAAUUGCAUGGAGAGCCAGGGGAAUCCACCGCUUUCCUGGUCCAGCACGAGGUGCCUUUAGGGGAAUGGUGUCGAAUCACCAUAAUGUUACAAGGCAGAGAGGUGACGAUCACCACUGUGUGCUUCGGCAAAGAGGGUAGAACUGUGAAAUCAACAGAGAAGAGGCUCAGUCAUGACAUCAGACUGAAUGACACCGAUGGAUAUUUUGUCAUUGGAGGUGGGAGAUACAUGAAAGGUGUCGAAGGUUACUUUGGACCAUCGCUUUACUACAGGAAUAGAGUGUUGCCUCAAAGCCCUUCAGAAGUCUGUCUUCCCGCUGUCAUCCGAAAACUGGAUCUAACUGGAUGGAUGGACACCUGUCGAGAACUUUCUCUCCAUGUAAGCCAAAGCAUACGGUUCUACUCUCUCCUGGCCAAGCAAAACAAAGAGUCAGCCAACAGUUUGGAUGAGUUUGACAUUGUGAAACGAAAAGAUAAAAUGAAGAAGUGUGAGUUGUGGGAAGGGGUGGUUCCGCGAUAUGUCACCAAAGUUGCAAAGCAUCUGACUUUCAAGCGUGGUGGAGGAAGUGUCAGCCCUCAAGCCGUGGGCCGUACACUGUAUCACCUGUUGCUUCACAAACUGCGUGGAGGGAGUGAAAUGCUAGUCUUGGGUCAGAUAUUACCUAUGCUCCUUAAAGCCGGCUGCUUGGGUAACACUGCAGCUCUGCAUAUUUCCUCAGUCCUCUACAGCAUAGGUCAGGGGGUGGAGAAAGACCACAGUAAGGCAUGGCUGCUGGCCCUGUUGGCAGCCCAGAAGGACCAUCGGCUAGCUCUACUGCAACUAGGCCACCUGCACCUUCAGGGACUCCACGGGGUCUUCGCGGAUGAGGACGUUGCCUAUGCAUACUACGCCAACAUUGCCAAACAGACCACGCUGGACCGACAUAAGCCCUCAUCACAUCAGGUGUAUGUUGAAAACAUUUACCUGCAUGAUGAUGAGAUCCUCGAACUUCAGACCAAUGAACACCAUCACAUCUUCCAGUGGCUGGAGCAUCAGGCGCAUCAGGGUGUCCCCGAUGCUGAAGAAUCCCUGGCUCGCAUGCUUUUCUGGGGGCAGCAGGGAGUGUCACCCAACAUUGAGGCAGCGAUGAGGCACUAUGAGCGAGGGGCAGUCAACCUCCAAAACCCUGCUUCCAUGUAUGACUUUGCUAUCGUCCUUCUGCAGGGACAUGGGGUUGAAAAGGACAUUCCCAAAGGUGUCAAGUUCCUGCAAAAAGCAAUGGACAAGGGUUUUGUCCCUGCCCUGAGUGCCAUGGCCUGGUAUUACGAGCGCUUUGAGCAGGACUACAAAAAGGCAGUGGUGCUGUGGGAGCAGGCGGAUGUCCUCGGGAACGCUGACGCUGCUCUCAACCUCGGAGUUGUGUACUUGCUCGGGCUUUACCCAGGCAGAGACCCUGACCUGUACAUGGCCUUCCAGUACUUUCUAAAGGCUGCAAAGCAAGGACACAUCAGGGGUGCGGUGGAAGUCGCAGGCAUCUGGUCCACUGGGCUUUCCGGUCGUGUCAGUCGCAGUCCGUCGGAUGCUGUCUUAUGGGCAAAGUGGGCAGCUGAGCAAAAUGGAUACCUGGGCCGGCUGCUACGGCAAGCUCUGGAUGCCUUUCUGAAACGUGAUCUGUUCAGCUCACUGUUCUAUUACAUGAUGGCUGCUGAACUGGGUGUCGCGGUUGCCCAAUUUAAUGUGGCGUAUCUGUGUGAUCAAAACAAGGGGAAUUUCCUUGAGCCUAGUUUUGCACUAAACUGCAAGAGAAGAUAUUAUAACCUCACAGUCCACAAUCAGAAGCCCGACUCUUAUGCAAUGCUGAGGAUGGGUGACAUGUGGUACGGCGGACUUGUAGACGGCCACAAGAGAUUGGCAUCUGCUGCCGAGAUGUACAAACGGGCUGCGCUGAGGAAUGAUCCACAGGGAUGGUACAACCUGGGGUUGCUCGUCGAAGAGGGCUACAGGCUACAAAUGCCACUGCUCAUUGAGCUCGGCCUUUCUCAGUUCUACUCAGAACAUGACUUCGAGCUUCAAACUGCUUUGUACAAAAGGUGUCGAGAUUCUGAGAAUUUAGACUCCUACUUGCCCUGCAGCUUGGCUCUCGUCAAAGUGUAUCUACAAGUUUAUCAAAAGGAAUAUAGUGCUACGAUUAAGUACGUCACCACGAUUGUCGCAGCUGCACCGGUUGUCCUACUGGUCCUCGGCCUCAUCGCUCGACAUGCCUUAACUCAAAGCUAAGACACCGGCAACAUUCUUAGCCAAUUUUGCACAUUGGUCAUCUUCAAAUAAUGAUGAUUGCCCAAACAAAUAUAUGUACAGUACUCUGAGCUUGAGUGUGUCUCCUGCUGUGUUUUCCCUCUGACUUUUAA